AUGGACAAACGUGUGAGCAUUAAAUUUACUCCCACAUCGUCACAACAGCAACAAAAUCGAUCAUCAUUAUCACCACCAGAUACGCCCACAGAAUUAUCAUUAAUCGGUAGCCCGAUGUUUGAUGAUUUUACAACAACAACAACAACAACAACAACAACGGCUUCCGAAGAUGAUUUUGGUUCUGUACAAUUAUUUUCAAUAAUUACUGAUGAAGAAAGUGAAGAUAAUUCCGAAUCAAUUGGUGGUGAUAUAGAAUAUCAAAGACAGCAAAAGCCAAUGAAUAAUAAACAGCCACCAAAAGUGGAAGAUGAAAUCGAUAUGAUUGAUGCAAAAAUCAGACAGGAAAAGAAAAAAGUUUCCGGCAAUAAAAUGGAUAAAUUUAUGAAACAUUUACAGGAAGCAUUAACACCAUCGUCAUCAUCGAAUACGGAUUCUUCAAAAAAUGUCAACAACAACAACAAACAUGAAACAGAAACGGCGGAAACAAUAUCAUCAUCAUCAACAUCAACAUCAACAUCGACGACGACUAACAAUAAUCAAAAUUCAACAAGUUGGUUAAAUGAUAUAAAAUUUACAAAUCUGGUCAAUUUAAAUAAAUUACGUAAUAAUGAAAAACAGCAACAGACAAAGAUGACACAAUCAGAAUCGGUGGAUAAUUUCUUUGAUAAUCAACAGCCAACAACAACAACAGGUUCAUCAUCAUCAUCAUCAUCGAGAAAAAUGUCUAUGGCUUUUGGUGUAAAAAAUUAUAAUCAUCCAAUUUCAUCAUCAUCAUCAUCAUCAUUAACCACAACAACGACGACAGCGACAACGAUUGUAGCAGACGCUCCUCCAACACCACCACCAACAACAACAACGACGACGACGAUGAUGAUGACGAACACGUUUUCUUCAAUUGUGGACGCAAACGGACAAAUUAUGAUAUCAUCUUUAUCGAAUGACAAUAAUAAUAAUAAUGAUGAUUAUCAUCAUCAACUAAAUCAACAAGUGUCCAAUGAAUUGGAUAUUAUGACAGCCGAUACUAGUGUUAGCAAUAUGGCUAAAGAAUCAAAAGAUAGACCACCACAAAAAUUAAAAGAUAUGUUUAUUAUUGGAUUAAAGUCUAAUAAUUCCAGUGAAUCAUCUACAACAACGAAGAAAAAAUUUACAUUAUUUGACAAGAAAACAUUUCAAACAAAAAUAAAACAACAACAACAACAACAACAACAACAACAACAACAACAACAAUCACAGGAUACGCAACAACAAGAUUUAUUCAAUAAAUUGAUCUCACCAAUACGUACAACAACACCAUCACCUAUGGUAGUAUUACAAUCAUCAUCGAUUACAUCGGCCUUAUUAUCACCAUCAACGACUAUUCAAUCGAAUUCAAUUCAAUCAUCAGUGUCGCCUUCAUUUUCAAAUUUUCUUGCUACAUUCACAAAUGCAUCAUCAUCAUCAUCAUCAUCUGGUGGAAAAGUAUCAAUAACGACAACAACAACAAAUAAUGCCAGUGUUGGUAAUAAUUCAAGAUCUGCAUCAACCGAAAAUGUUGAUGCGAUUGGUAAAAUUAAUAACAAUAAUAAUAACAAAUCAAAUAAAAUGACCAAUAGUAAAUCAAUGAUGACAUUUCGUAAAAUGAAUAAUAGUAGCAACAACAAUACAAUAAUUAAUGGUAUCGACGAUGAUGAUGAAAACCAAGAAUCAUUGAAUCAAUUUGGAUUAUUAUCUAAAUAUUUACUAUCUAGCAAUAUAACAACACAGAAUCCAACAUUACGUCGUAGACGUACAAAAAGUUCACCAUCAUCAAGAAAACGAAUGAAUCAAACAUCAUCAUUAUUGCCUGAUGAAUCAAUUAAUCGACAAAAACAUGAUCGUCUAUCUGAUAUUAGUCAAUCAUCAUCAUCAAUAUCAUCAUCUUCAUCCUCUUCAUCAUCGGUAUCAUUACCAUUGUUAACUAGAGAAUUGAUAAAAGGAAAAAAUUUUGAUACAAAUCUUGUCAAUAAUGAAAAUAUUUAUCAUCAACAACAGCAGAAAGUACAACAUAAAAAAAGUGAUAAGAAUCGAUCAUUAUGGUCAAAAAUGACAUCAUCGAUUCGAUUUCAAUAUUACAUUUUUCUAUUUAUGGCUAUAUCAUCGGGUUUUUUUCUUUGCAUAUCACCAUUACCUUCAUUUCUAAAUGGUUUCAUUUUUGGUUUUUUAAUGACAUUUUUCAUCGUUACAAUGGGUAUUGUUUAUUUGGUUGCAAAUUUUUUCCUAAUCAAAUCCAAUGAUGAUGAUGAUGAUUCAACAAAACGUGGUGCCAGUAUCAUUGAUCAAUCUGGCCGAUCUGGUGAAGGUGUUGUUGGACUUAAACGUACAAAAUCAAAACGAUUACCAUUUAAUGUAUCAUCAUCGAUGUCGAAUUCCAAUGAUGGUAAUAAUGGCAACAGCAGCAGCAAUAUUUAUGCUGGAUGGGUAUAUGAAUUCAUUGGUGAUUAUAGUGAACGUGAAAAAAAUGGUUUUGUAUCACGAUUAGUUUAUCUGGUUUUAAGUGGUUCAAAAUUGAACAUUUUUGUGCCUAGUCAAGAGAUUAAUGAAAAAAAAUUGAAACAAAUUUUAUUGGAUCCUACAUCAGGAAAUAAUCGAAAUUUUUCACUACAAUCACAAAAGGUGAUUGAUUUUUCUCACCUUCAUCAUAAACGUAUUUGUCUUUAUCUGACAAAAAAUGUUCGUAAUCAACGGAAAUAUAUUUGGAGUAGAAAAUAUCCAAUUUGUAUUGAAUUCAAUGAAGAACUUCGUAUGCAAGAUGAUGUGGCCGUGGCCGAUAAUUUAUUACCAUCAUCGACUGCACCAACACCAAUCAUAACGAAAUUGGUUAUAUUUGCACGAACAUGUCGCGAAAAAGAAGAAUGGUUUUGGGCAAUAAAAACAUCCAUCGAUUCAAUAUCAUCAAUCAAUUAUCAUCAUAAGAAUUCAAUAUCGGUUCGUGGAUCAAAUAAUUCAUUGAAUGAUUCACCAAGUGAUUCGAAAACCUAUUUGUUUGUUACUUCUACUGAAGAAUUGAAACAAACCACAAUCGAUCAGGAUAAUACACAACUACAACAACAACAACAAAAUAAUCAUCAACAACAACAACAGCAACAAUAUCUUCAUAUAUUGACUCGUCGUUUGAAUUAUCAUAAUUUUAUGCGCACAAAUAUAUUGAAUGCUGAAGGAAUUGGGCCAGGUAAUCCCGGUAUGAUGACAGCGUUAACCUGGUUCAAUGUUCUUUUAAAUCGACUUUCAUUCGAUAUCCUGAAUAAACCGAAUUGGAGUGCAUAUAUUGCAAAAAAAUUGCAACGUAAAUUACGUAGACUUCGAUUACCAUAUUUUAUGGAAUCAUUAACGAUUACAGAAAUUGAUAUUGGUACAACAUUGCCUAAAUUUAAUUCAGUGCCUUCGGUGCCCAAUGUUGAUGAUGCCGGUCUUUGGAUUGAAUUCGAUGUAAACUAUUCAGGUGGUUUUACAAUGACUUUGGAGACAAAGAUUAAUCUACUUAAAUUAUCGGCCAAUGUAGAAAAUCUGGCUGAUGUUUCACCAUCAUCCACACCGAAUGAUUCACCAAAAUUGACGCAAAAAAUUGGCGGUAGAUAUUGGAGUGGAUAUCGAGCCAAAUAUCGUAGUACCGCUAUUACUGGUACACAAAGUCCAGCACCACCUGGAAUGGAAUUGAAUGAUGAAUUUUGUGAUGAUGAUUCGGAUCUGGAUUCAAUUGUAACCAGUUCGGAAGAUGAAGAACCAGAAACAGCUCCAGCAGCACCGGAUGAUGCUGAUACGGAUGAAAAACAAAAGAAAUUGAUUAGAUUUGUUGAAAAAAUUGCUUCUAAUCAAUAUUUUCAAAAAGCAAGUCAAAUGAAUUUUGUAAAAAAAGCAUUGGAAGGUGUAUCGAACAUGUCUAUCAUGUUGACUGUUCAAAUUAAUUCAUUAAACGGAACAUUAGCCAUCAAUAUACCGGAACCACCGACUGAUCGUCUUUGGUAUGGAUUUCGUAAUGAUCCGGUGCUUUCAAUAACGGCCCGUCCAAAACUCGGUGAUCAUGAUCUGAAUCUAAGUUAUGUGACCAAUUUUAUUGAGAAAAAACUUCGUACCGAAUUUUUUAAUUAUUUUGUGAUUCCAAAUAUGGAUGAUUUUUUCAUUCCAUCAUUGAAUACUAGUAUUGAACAGUAUAUUAAUGUUGUGCCUUAGUUACAUACACACACACACAUAUAUACAACUUGUUAAAAAAAAUUCUUGAAACAACAACAAGUUUCAUCUUUAUAUUUUUAGGAAUAUUGUUCACCAUUUACCGGACACACACACAAACACACACACAUAUACUAUGUUAAGUUUCAUUCUUUUUUUCCCCAUAACACUGACAGAUAAAUUAGUUUCAUUCUUCCACACACCUAUUAUUAUUAUUAUUAAUUAUUAAUUUUCAUAAAAUUGAAAAUGGGCCAUUCAUUAAUUCAAUAAUAAAUGUUCAC